UGGAGAGUGGGCGUGGUGUGUAUUCGGGCAGGGAGAAAAGCAAAACAGUCCGUUUAACUUGUCCCUUUACCGGCUGCAUUUGGCUUGUUUUAGUCUGCUAGCGGAAUUUAGUGUUUCCGUCGAUAUAACUGCGCUUUGUAGUCAGGACCGUAGAAGAUAAAUGUAUCUUUUCUCGCUAGGUUGUAAAAUCUGCCAACAUCUUAUGCUUCUUUAGAUUCACUUUGGCCUGUUUGAAAAUGACUUCGAAGCGCCUCCUCGAUAAGAGUCCGGCCGGUGUGAGAGGGACCGGCGCCGGGCACGUAGUGUACGGGGGAAACUACUGCACUAAAGUCAGCGAGCACUUUUCAGCAAAGACAGCAGGAGUUAUAACGAGAAAGAAAGCGCCCGCGACCGUAAACGGGUUUGACACCCAGAUAGUGGACACUUGCUCCCUGCAGGAGCCCAGCAAAGAACCCUGUCCAAAUGGAAGCCAGUUGGCUUCAGGCCGAGAGAAACACAAUAGCAAAAAAAAGGCCUUCUGUACAAGUGGGGAGCGUGAAAGGGAGGUGGGUCCAGGGGAGGUCCUGAAUUGUUGUACUCAUCGCUUGAGCAUAAAUGGACAGAGGCAAGAGGACCACAUGCAAGUGGACUCCAUAAUUUCAUUAAGGAGCGUGUUGCCGCUACGUGUUACAGAUGUUUCUGUGGAGGAGAUCUAUGCAUCCUCUCAUAUCCCCGUCCCUCGCAACAGGAAGCCCUCAGGCCAUGCUGAUAAGGAGGUGAUGGCAGCUACUGUCUUGACCACUCUGUCCACAAGCCCUCUGGUGCUCAACCCUUCCCUUGGUGCCUCAGCAGGUGGAGUAUCUGAAACAUCCUGCAGGGGAUGGAAGGAGAGUCUGUCAGCCAGCUACAGCAGCUCCACCAGUGGCAACUGGAGCUGGGAUGCCAGCGACCAGUCAGUGCCCUCCACACCAUCCCCACCCCUAUCCACCGAUGUCAGCAAGAACUUCCUGAUCUACUCACAGGGGGAGGACAACAUUGAGGAGGCAGAGAGCACCCACUUUCUGUUUGAGGACCCAAUUCCUCGAAAACGGAAGAACUCCAUGAAGGUGAUGUUCAAAUGUUUGUGGAAGAAUUGUGAAAAGGUCCUUAGCACUUCCUCAGGGAUCCAGCGGCACAUCCGCACCAUACACCUGGGGCGGAAUGGAGAUUCUGACCACAGUGAUGGUGAGGAGGACUUCUACUACUCAGAGAUUGAGGUGAACAUGGACAGUCUAACCGAAGGCCUGUCAAACCUCACACCGACCUCACCCACCACCAUUGGCCCCCCUCCUGUCUUUCCACUUGGCAGUGACCUGGCGCGAUCCAAGUCUGCCACUGUAGUCAACAGUCCGCUCAGCCAGUCAGCUCCCUCCACACUGUGCCAUAUCCGUACUGACCAUGCCUACCAGGCCACUGCUCCUGUCAGCAUUCCUACCGUGUCCUCUGAGCCUUUGCACAGCCACAGUGCAAUCAGUGUUUCCUGGCAAUCACCUUCCAUUAUCUUUAAAAGCCAACCAUUGUCCAAAAAAUCACAAGCAGUAUACAGCAUAGGCCAAGAAAACUGUUGCCAAACCCCAAUCAUGAAGGGUGCUCAUGUUGGCAUUUUGAGCACUGGGGAGAAGAGACAGCCUGUCACACAUGCCAUCAGCAAGACGCAUACCACCACCAUAUCUACACCAAAACCCAGCACUGGAACCAGAAAACCCAGGGGAGAAGCAAAGAAAUGUCGCAAAGUGUAUGGAAUGGAGAAGAAAGAUCUGUGGUGCACAGCAUGCCGCUGGAAAAAAGCUUGUCAACGCUUUACUGACUGAUUUUACCCUUUUCUUACAAACAUAACAGCUCUUCUAACACCAGUGUCUGAAACACUGAUUCAUUGUUGACCCCCUCUUGUGCACAGAUUCCAUUUGCUGAGGACUCUCACAGUUGGGUAAGGGGCUUUUCUAUUAAGUGAGCUGUUUUGUGUCCUCCACAUGACAGUGAACAGUGGAAUACAUUUAGCUCUUGUGAAACAUUGGGGAAAAAAGUUACAAAAAAUACAGAAUGCAUUAGCUUUUGCAGCA